AUGCUAAGUCUCCAAGGUCGAGCACUACAAAUUGCCAUUGCAGUAAGCGCUGGCAGUGCAUACCUCCUGUUUGGGUACGAUCAAGGCGUACUGGGGGGUUUGGUAUCAUACCCAGGUUUCCUGUCAGCCAUCGGUAAUCCUAGCUCUGGAUAUCUAGGGACCAUCGUGGCUCUUUUCAACAUCGGUUGUCUGAUAGGAUGUGUGAUUUCGGCAUUCUUUGGCAAUCGAUUGGGCAGAAAAAAUGCCAUUACUCUCGGAUGCGUGAUUAUGGUUAUCGGAGGUGCAGUCCAGGCCAGCACAUACAGCGCGGGUCAGUUGAUCGCUGGGCGCAUAAUUUCUGGAAUUGGCAAUGGUACAUAUAAACUAAAGUUACGAACCUCGACAUCUCAUAUGCUAAUUUGGAAAUCUGAAUCGAAAGGUAUCAAUACCUCAACAGUCCCAGUUUACGUGUCUGAAACAUCCCGAACCGCUGUACGUGGGAGAUCGCUCGCCAUCCAGAUGUCAAUUGUUAUUUUUGGCACAGUCGUUGCCUACUGGCUGGACUACGGAAUGAUUCGCACUCAAAUUGGCGAGGUACUCUUGGGCAACUAUUGCCCGAAUCACCAAGGUACGUCCGAUGUGUCUGAAGCAUGGAAUGAAACAAAAUUUAGUGACAACUGCAGAUGGCUGUACUCACAUGGACGGCAACGCGAAGCUAUAUGUGUACUUUCAAGUUUGCUUGCUGUAUCAGAGGAUCAUUCUGACGUGUGCACGGUCGUGGCUGAGAUGGAGCAAGCUCUUUCAGUGGAACAAAACAACAAGAAAAAACUGUCUAUCUCGAACUUGUUGUUCGAGAAAACGGAAAUGAAGUAUGCACGCCGCCUGACAUUGUGUUUCGUGGUCCAAUUAUUUCAACAAUUCACUGGAAUAAACGUGAUUGCGUUCUACGUUACCAUCGUACUCGAAACGAACGUUGGACUCUCGCCCGACCUGAGCAGCCUUGUUGCCGGGUUUAUACAGAUCGCAUUCUGGGUUGGCACAUUCCCGCCGAUAUUCCUCAUUGACCGACUUGGUCGCCGAAAAGUGCUGAUGUUAGGAUCAACUAUGCUUUGUCUGACGAUGGUGUUGUUCACAGUGGGAAUCGCUCUGAAGACACCCGCGACGUCGCGGCUGGCCUUGGGAAUGCUUAUCAUCUACGAAAUAUCGUUUGGAAUGAGCUGGAAUGCAGUGCCCUGGCUAUAUGCGCCUGAGAUCACCCCGCUCAACAUUCGACAUGUUGGGGCAGCUGUUGGCUGCUUUUCUGAGUGGUUAUGGACAUUUGUAAUUGCACAAAUGACACCUGCGGCCAUUGCCAAUACAGGUUGGAAGAUUUAUCUUCUUUUCUGUUUGAUGACUGCUCUUAGUAUUCCAUUCGUGUAUUUCUUCAUGCCAGAGGUUUGUGAUCCCCUUGCUUGCUCAUGUUUAUAUUGA